AUGGGGGGAGCAGCCGCCUACCUCCGCCUCCGCUGCGGCAUGGGCCACAGGGUGAGGGAAACGGUGCUGGGCACCUUGGGGAAGGCGACAAUCUUGCGGAUCCCCCCUGAGCUCCGGGACCUCACCGUGCACUUCGGGGCGGCCAUGUGGAAGCGGGACACCGAGGACCCGCUGCGUAAGCUGGUCCUGCUCAAGUACUCAGACAGCAACUACACCAACUACAUGGAAGGACGGACCCGCUUCCACGCGUCUGACUUUUCCCUGGAGAUCCUCAACACCAGCCGGCAGGACAGGCAGCUCUACGAGUACAUCGUCAGCAAGGGGUCGGAGGAGAAAGUCUGGCAGAUCCAGCUGGAGGUGUACGAGCCGGUGUCUGAUCUGAGCAUCCAGAUCCUCAGCUGGGCACAGACCAACGGGAGCUGCACCGUCACCCUCAACUGCACGGCGGCGCGAGGGGACAACGUCUCCUACAGCUGGGGCAGCCGGGAUGCCAGCACCUCGGGGCUCUGCACCCGCAACAGCAGCCUCCUGCACCUCUCCUACCCCCUGCAGAAUGCCAGCAUCGCCUGCGCCUGCACGGCCAGCAACCCCAUCAGCAGUUGGGUUGUUGACUUCAACUCCUCCCAGUGCAGCUACGAGCAAGGGGGCAGCGCUGAGAUGACGACGGAGCAUCUCGUGCUGGCGGUGGUGGUCCCCAUCGCCACGGUGAUGAUGUUCACCGGCGCAUUUGUGGUUGCCUAUUUAGUCAUGGAGGACUUUUUAGCAGCCCGCAGCGCUGAGAUGACGACGGAGCAUCUCGUGCUGGCGGUGGUGGUCCCCAUCGCCACGGUGAUGAUGUUCACCGGCGCAUUUGUGGUUGCCUAUUUAGUCAUGCCUGGUGCCAGCCGGGAGCAGGAGCAUUCGCCGCUUGCCGAGGACAAUGCGGUGCACACCAUCUACUCCCAAGUGCAGCGGGUGGAG